UUCAUUCACAUUUUAUUUCCAAUUCCCAAAUCAAAACCCUAAAUUUUUUUUCUUGUUUGAAUUUCUUAAUUCUCUAAUGGCGCCAAAGGGAGAGAAGAAGCCGGCUGAGAAGAAACCCGCAGAGGAGAAGAAGUCCACCGUCGCCGAGAAGGCUCCGGCGGAGAAGAAACCCAAGGCCGGGAAGAAGCUACCCAAGGAAGCCGGUGCCGCAGCCGGAGACAAGAAGAAGAAGAGAAACAAGAAGAGCGUGGAAACAUACAAGAUCUACAUCUUCAAAGUUCUGAAGCAAGUUCACCCUGACAUUGGUAUCUCAAGCAAGGCCAUGGGAAUCAUGAACAGCUUCAUCAACGACAUCUUCGAGAAGCUUGCUGCCGAGUCUUCCAGACUUGCAAGGUACAACAAGAAGCCGACGAUUACUUCGAGGGAAAUUCAGACUGCUGUUAGGCUUGUUCUUCCUGGAGAAUUGGCUAAGCAUGCUGUUUCAGAGGGAACCAAGGCUGUAACAAAGUUUACAAGUGCUUGAAUUUUGUAUAAAUUUUCUUUAUAAUGUUUAUUCUAGUUUUAAUUCUGUUGGCUUAGAUCUGAAUUAGUGUGUAAUUUUCAUUUGAAUCCAAUGAAUCCUUUUGUGUAUGAAUGAAUCUGCCUUAUGGUUAUGGAGGAAUGUGCAAUAAUAUAAAUUAUUAGUGUUUUAA